UUUGGGUUUUAGGGGGGGUGGGGUUUCUUCGUUUUGGCUGGUGUGACGAUCAUCAAUGAUAUGUGCUCUCAGUUAAGGCGUGAAUUAGGGUUUCUUUGCAGGUGUUUCAUUGGGUUUCUUGAUCGAUCGGUUUCGAGUGCAAUGGGUUGCUUCUUUGAUUGCUUCAAAGUCAGAGACGAACGCCAUCGAUCUCGAGGGCACUUUGUUUCUGAUCCUUCUUGUUCCAAAUACAGGGCGCCUGUGGUAGCUCGAAAUCAUUUAUCAACUCUUUUCCUCUCUGAAGAAAAUGAAGAUUCUCCUAGGAGGGAUUCAGGUUCCAAGUCUAUUGGAUCUCCAAGGUACAUCAAGGAGUUGAAGGAUGAGGCCAAAUUUCUUAAGGCUUGUGGAACUAUAGUGGAGACCCCAACUGAAAUUCGUAAAGCGUCUAGCAAGCUUUUGGGUUCCCCUCAUGAUAACAGAGCUUUGGAGCUUUUGAAAUACGAGUCACUUCCAAAUGCAUCCCCUGAAACACACCCAGAUUUUCCUCGUACACCUGUUAAACAUAUGGAAGAGUGGCGAAAUCAGUCAGGUUCUGCUGAACGUACACCUAGCAGUUGUACUACCAGUGAACAGAAUCCUCAAAGAAUCUCUGCUUACGCCAUUGAAGGCAGUGAAACUGGAAGUGUUAUUACCUCUAUAGCUGCUCUUAACAGUCCUGAUAAUGUAAUGACUACAUGCCAGAGUAAAUCCGUACGUUUUGAAUGUGAUAUAAACGAAUCUCCCAGGCGAAGUUCAUCUGGAAGUGGAAGAGAAAAAGUAAAUGUGUUCAAGUCAUCACCUCAUCCAACACCUCUACAGCUAUCAGACGAAAUGCAGACUCCUGGAACAGUUUUUCCAGAAAGCUUGGAUCAUAGAAAAGCAAGAAUCAGGUCUCAUUUCGUUUAUUCAGUUACGAACACGAUUGAGAGUGCUGCUCAAUUGAAGGCACUGAAGGAAGAAGAAUCUAACCUGGAAGAAGAAUCUAUUCAAGAGCUUGAAAUGAUGACACCUAUGCCAGAAAGGAAUGUGAAGGCUAAUACACAUGAGAAGGACUUGAUGGUGGAGGCAAGCUUGUCUGCUUGGUUGAAGCCUACUCGUGAUGAGGAGGGUAAGAAAUGUGUGGCUGCAGAUGGGCCAAUUCGUGGUGGAAGAAGUGCAGGGGACAGGCCAAUCAUAGGGUUGGUUGCUGCUCAUUGGAAUGAGGAGGAACCUGCUCAAGUCUCGCCCAAGGAAUGGGAUGGAAAUGGAAUCCCAAAUUCGACCAAUAAGUACAAGGAGGAUCAGAAAGUGAGUUGGCAUGCGACACCAUUUGAGGAAAGGCUAGAGAAGGCGCUGUCAGAAGAAAGCAUAGUUACAAGGAAGAAUUUCGAAGGAAAGCUUGUAGCUUUUGAUGAAGAAGAUGAUACAGCACUCUCACGGCUGCAAUCUUCAAUCCAACCCAGUUCAGUGGUAUCAUACUGAUAAAACUAGUACACAUUCUUUUACGGCCGUGUGAUCCAAUCAUAUUGAGUGGUACCUUCAUCCUGUAAUUCAUAUUUUGAAAGUGCUAUCAUCGUAUCUCAUGUCAGUUGAGAGUUUUCUACAACGAAAUGGAACUAGGAAGAAGUGGCUGAAUGUUUCACAGUUUACCUUUUUUGUAAAAAGAAAUACUUGCGUUAUGCAGCAGCCUUUGCAACUUCUUGUUUAUGGGUUUGAGCUUGUAAACCUUCUUUGAUAAUUGACGAUGAAUUGACUCGGUGCUUAUAAAC